AUGCGUAGAGCUGCUCCCUUCCGCGAGAGCCCGCUAGGUUUCCCGCUGCUUGGUGUUUCCGUCUUCUUGGCCGCGGCGAACGUCCGCUCGCGCACAGGCGGGCGGUUUGAAGAGGCGGAUGUGACGUCGGGAGCGGCGACUCAAGGCAGAAGCUGAAGGGGCUGUUGGAAGAAGCGGAGGGUAGGCUCGACUUGUCAGUGCUUCUGAUGGUGCAGGCCUAAGAAGUGAAGGGGAGGAGAGAAUAUUAAAUGUAUCCAAAGAUGAAAAGGAAAGUAGCCAAAGCUGGAGGAUUUAGACUUAGUCCUAAUGAAGAGGCUCUGCUGUUGAAAGAAGAACAUGAAAGAAGAAGAAAAUUACGGCUGCAGCAGGUUAGGGAGCAGGAGAGGAACAUUGCUUUGCAGAUAAGGCAAGAUGUUAAGCAGCGAAGAGAUCAGCAGCUGCAUCAGUUGGCAGAAGAACUGAAGGCAGAGUGGCAGAAAGCACAAGAUGAGAAGAUUAAAACCUUGGAAAAGCUUUAUCUGUCAAGCUUAAGAGCUGUAGGAGAAGGGCACAGACAAGCAAAGGAGAAUAAACUUGAUGUGGAGGCUCUGGCAAAGCAAGCCGAGGAAAGGAAACGAAGAGCAGAAAAGAGGCACAAGGAAGCCUUGAAGCAACAGAAAAACCACAAACAGAAGUUGCUAAGAGAGCAAAUAUGGAGAGCAAAUGCUCGGAAGCAUGCUUUGGACGUAGAAAAAGAAAGAGCCACCAAAAUUGCAAGCCUGCCUCCGCCUCCACCCCACCCUUUUGAUAAUGUUGAGUUGAAGAGUGUUCCUACAGCGAAAGUCUGCGAUGUGGACAGUUUUUCAGUUACUCGCCAUCAUCUCUUUGACCCGUACGUGGAUCGAGAAAUGGAUGUUGAUCAGCCAGAUGCUCGGUUGCUUGCUGAAGAGGAAGUCAUACGGCAGGAAGGACUCCAGAAUGAAGGCCAAAGAGAGAGGAGAGAGCAGCAAGAAAAAGCCCACCUAAGAGGAAAGCAUGCCUUGAAGAUGGUUCGUCUGGCACGAGACAGGGAAAAGCUUAUGCAAGAGCUUGAACAGAUGCAACAUAUGGACCUUGUACGCAGGAGACAGAUUGUUGCACAGAUGCCACCUCAACUGUUUGAACCAGCCUACAAGCGUGUGGAAAUCAAGGAGGACUGGCAGAGGGAGCUGGAGUGUGCUUUUGAAGACAUGUAUACUGCAGAUAAGAAAAUGAAAGGAGAUCUUGUUUUGCACCUUGACCCACAGCCUUUGCCAGCCCUCUCUAAUCGAUCUCAAGAUGAAGAACUGGAAGUCUCUCAGGAGCUAGAUUCUGUAUGUGGGAUGCCACCGAAAUCAGGAGAUGAAGUAAAAGACAAUGAGCCAGAUAGUAAUAAAAUGAAAAAGGCUCCCCAGGCUCAAGCAAAACCAGCUCUUAAAAAAUUGCUAGACAAGAUCAGGAACCAAAAAAGCCACUGGACAUCAGGCUGUCAACCAGAGACUGUUAGUGAGAUUGGGACAAUUGAGUCAGGAACAAUUAGUAGUGCAGAGAGACGAUUAUGUGAAUCGGAACCUGAGGAAGAACCAAUUGGUGAUCCUGUUUCUGAAGCCAAAGAAAUAUUGGAUCAAACUAUUGUUGCUGGUAAUGUAGUUCCAAGUCACCUACAAGAACAAGCAACUAAAAUUGGAAAGGAAGCAGAAAGACCAAGUCAGAUGGAGUGGCUAGAGCACCAAAAGCAGCAACAACUGGCCUUACUUCAGCAAAUUGAGGAGCAGAAGAUACGGCUGGAGGUUGAUCUGAGGACUCAAAUGCGGCAUCAGGAGGAAGAAAUGAAGAGAGAACAAGAAAAGAGAGUUCAGCCAUCCCACCAACCGCUACAGAUGAAUGGUGACAGCUCUGUGGUGCAUCAGCAGCUGGAAGCAGAACAUAGGUUUGAAAUGGCUACAGGGCCACAGAUGGCCAACCGCUCUAGAGAGGAUGACCCUAUUCAGAUGAUUCGUGACUACCAGCAACGUCUUCUAAUGCGGAACAGGAUGCACAAAGAGUCACUUGAAGAAGCCAGAAGGUGUUUACAGGAGCAUCAGAAGACGCUGAAACAAAGAUACCCAUCAGUGGCUGCUGCAGCAUUAUUAGAUCCUGCUGAAAGAUGCACACACCAGAGUUAUACUCCUGAACCAGCGCUGCACUUACAAAGAUCUGAUGUAUUGAAGAGACCUAACCUCGCAUCUCAGCCAUGUAAGAAUGUGCUUCUGCACUCUCGUCUAGAAGCAGUGCAGGCACAGCCACCUGAGCAUUCAGAACAUCCUUUGAUAAUGGAAGAGCCAUCAGAACAAAACAAAAAAGAGCAGAGGCUUGAUGACAACAGUGUGGGACAGGUCCAGCCUGCAUAUUCCCAGAAGAAUCAAGGCCCUUUUCAGUUGAUAUGGGAUUCCUUUUCACAUGAGGAGAAAGAAAAACUGGGUGUAUUAGGGAUGCCUGCCACACAGCCAUUGGCGUUUCAUGGGAUUCCAGGAUCAUUGUUGCCCAAGUCACAGGAUACGUCUGUUACAACUCAGCCAGUGGCUCGCACACAGCACAUCCGAUUCACUUUGCCUUCGGAAGCACUCUAUCCUGAGAAGUCAGUAUCUCAUGCACUUUUAGCAGAAAAGAGUCUGCUGCCAACAUCCUUAAAACAGCAGCAUAUACUGACAGAGAGUAGGAAAACGCCUACUUCUGGCCCAGAUCACUUUCCUCCUUUUCAGCCGCUCUCUUCUUUGCCCACCUCAUUAGAUAGUGAGACUGGAAGGACCCAGGAAUCCUGGGCAACUAAAGAUGGAUUAUUGCCCAGUUGUUCUAAUGUGGUAGAACUGAGGGAGAGAAUUCUGGCUUCCUCUGAGAGCAUCCAAGCUCAGCAAGAACACUUGAAGGCACUCCAGGACCAGCUGGAUGAGCAAAGGGAAGCUCUGCUUUCUCGGCAGAAGGUGCAGGAGGACUUGCUUAUGCAGAAGCAUGCCCGGUUGAAACAACAAAUGGAGGAGCAGCAAGAGGCUUUGAAAGGUUUUCUCAAACGGACAGAACAGUCCACCCUUUGCAAAGAGAUAACAAAGGCACAAGAGACUAACAGCUCAAGUUUCUUAGCAAUGCUAUUUAAAGAAGCAGAAGCAGAAGACGACAGCAGCCAAGGAGAGGUUGAGUUUUGGGACACAAAUAUCCAUGCUGAAAAUAAUUAUUUGGUACAAAAUAUUGGUUUAGCUGAGCAGGCUGAGAUAUUUCAAAAAGUUUGGGGAAGAGAACAGAAAUGGCGGCCGCCAAAACCACCUUUGGCAAAAGUCAAGCUAGGACUUGAUUUGGAACAGCAUGAACUUAGUGCUAUCCCAGAGCUUGACACGCCAAGGAGUGGCAGGCUUUCUACUCCAGGUCACAAAGAAUCUUUAACAGGAGAUACCUUCCUGUCUUCCAAUGUUGUUGAGCUGCAGUCUAGCAAAUACUUAAAUGAAUCUCUCCGUGAAGAAACAGGCAUACUAAGAAUUAUAGCUGAUUCCAGAAAACAAAGUUCUAAUGAGAGCACACUCAGCCAGGAUCAUUUAAGUAGAUCAUGGUGUGAGAAGUUGGGGAUGGAAGCUGGUGGCUUGCAGAACCAAGUCUAUCCCAGAGAACCUACUCAUGUGGAUCGAGAUUUACCAAGUACCACUGCUGAUACUGGAGGCAGAACAGCUGUGUUUUCUGACCCAUUACUUAGAUCAACUAGUGCGAUAACACUUCCUGCAGUACGGUCCCCUGAUUUGAUAAGUCCAUUGACUUCUGCACAAGAGGCAGCCUGCAGCUAUUUAUCUUCAUUUACUAUUUCAUCGGAAAGCUUUAUAACCAAUGAAAAUCCAGACAGAAGUCUUGCCAGUACAGGGUUGUGUUCAGCUAAAGAAGAUCCUAGGCAUAUCAGCUUAUCUCUGAAAGAGAAGGCAAACACUUCUUGGGAUCUUUCAGUUUCGAGAUGUAAUCAGGAUGAUUCCUCAGAUGCUCCUGAUCCCUCUCUGUCUUUUGGAGAAACGCCAUUCUUCGAAAGAAAUAAAAUUCAGCAGAUCAUAGACAAAUACAGAAGAGAUUUGAGCUGGUCAUCAUUAAGCAACAUAUCUUCCAUUGAUCCAGCAGUUGGACUUGAUGUUUCCGAUAUUAAAAGAAAUUUUCCAAAUUUCCAUCGUGAGCAUUUUCAGCCUUUGGAACCAAAUCCUGAUGUCAAUCCCUUCUCAUCCCUUUCUCAGUGCAAAAUAACUCGUGGCAUAAAAGACCUUGGCCAGAGUUCAGAUGUAUCCAAGAGUCAUGAAUUACUAGCAUCCACCUUGGAGGAAAGGCACAAUAGCCUUUCUUUCCUCAGUAUGGGAAAACAAAGUGGUCCUCUGCAAACAGAACAGGCUGAUGAGAAAGCAAAAGAGCAAAUCCAAGGUGCUGAAGAAUUUUUCCAAUACCUGCCUGUGGAGUCUGCCUUCAGUGACUUUAGCAAGAGUGCUGAUGAACCUGGUGACCUUAGCAUUGUGUCUGAACAAAACCCUGAAAUAAGAAAAUCAGCCGAGAGUGAUGUGUGUAGUUCACCUGAGGAUGUGCAACGUAGGGCGCUAGAAAGAGAUGAGGCGAACCUCCAUCCCUAUUCUCCCACUGAAAACUUUCGUAGCCCAAGUCUGAGUCCAGUGGAAAACGAGAACUCAUUUUAUCAGCUGUUUCCAGAUCAUGGUGCAGUGAAAAAUGCUCUUGGGCCAACCCAUUCCAGGAUGGAGGACCUGGCAUCCAGAGAGGAGAACCUUUGCUUUGUUGAACUACCUGUUGUGUCAACCAACAGGAAAUGUGAAAUGGUUACUGAGAAUGUGAUGGUGAAUGGGGAUUUGGAAAUGGUGCUGUCGCGAUGCACUUUGCAUGCUGUAGGAGGACAGAGUUCUCCAAGAAGGGAGACCAUCCUAAGUUUGCCUCCAGAAAUGAACUCUGAAGCCUCUCUCAGUCCUGUGCAAAGUUCUGUACAACAAAGUGGCUGUGUGCCAGAUGCUUUGCAGCAGCCAAAUGUGAAAACGACGCAAGCGAAAGACUCCAACUCCAGUGUGUUGCCAAUCAGCAUACCAGUAUGGGAGACUGAGACAGGGCGAGGCAUUAUGGAAGAAUCUGAAUUGAUUAUGAUAAGCUCUAAUGACAUCAGCACUGCUGAAUCGGAUUUGGACCUCUUUCACCAAGCAGACAACAGAAAUGAGAAAACGGAAAACCUAUCAUACAGUGACCAUUCUGAAGUUAAAAGCUGUCCCGAGGUAAAUCUCUUGAUGAGGAGAAGAUUUUUACCUUUAAAUUUCGAAGUGGAUGAUGACAUUUCCACUCAGCCUGAAAGCUAUCCAGUAAUAGCUCAAAACCCCAAAGAAGAUUGGAGUAAAAAAUGCAAGCCAACAGAGUUCACAUCUGCCUCUGGGAGCUUGCAGGAGGCAUUUUUGAAGCGGAAGAAAGAUUUCAUUGAGAGAUCCUCUAAGAGACUGGAGAAACUGAAAAGCAGAGAGCGAAAUUCUGAAAAGCCUCAGGAGAAGGCAUCUCAUCAGAUGAAAAGACAUCUUCAUAAACCAAAAGAGAACGUUCCAACUGCUGGAGCAGCUGUUAGUCAUUUGAAGAAAGUAGAAGUAAAAAUAUACUCUGCAGAUGACAGGAAGACAUCGGAGAUACAAAAAUACCAGCGUACUUCAAGAUUGUAUAAUAAUCUAACUGAAGUGAAAAUCAGAAAGGAAGAGAAAGACAGACAAGAAACUUAUGCCAGAAACCGGGAAAGGGCAAGGGAAUUUCAAAAGAGAACACUUGAAAAACUACGAGCCAAGAGGACACUGAAAAGCAUUCCCGCACUUUGAGAAUUGAAGAUAACUUCCUAGUGCAGGGUAAACUGCACUGAGGGGUAACUGUACAAUUAUGUAAGAUUAAGCACAGUGGUUUACAUUUACAACUAACUGUUGGGUAACAGAUCAAAGCUGUAUAGGUAUGUGUUGAGUUUCUUCAAUUAUGACUUAAUGAUUGUAAAGUGUUUUUUUACAUGUAAUAUGCCCUGGCUCAACAACCUUAUCUUUUAAUAAAAUCUAAACUUUAAUUUG